AUGAGUACAGAUAAGGAUAUCGAAAAUGCUGUUAUUAAGAUUGUUGCUAGCUCAUUAAAAAUAGAGGAAUCAAAAAUAACUCCUGACUCUAGAUUUAUUGAAGACCUAAGAGCAGAUAGCUUAGAUACUGUUGAAUUAAUGAUGGCAAUAGAAGCAAAAUUUAAGCACGAUAUACCCGAUGAAGAUGCAAGCAAAAUUCUAACUGUUGCUGAUGUAAUACGUUAUAUAGAAAGUAAGCAACCUGCAGCUGGAGGCUAA